ACUGCGCAUGCGCGUUAGUUGUGAAGGCGGGGACUACGUUUCCCGUCGUGCUUCACGCGGGGAAUCCUGAGGAGAAGGAGGAAGGAGGCGAUCAAGACACGCGUCUCCGGGUCGGAGGGUCGCGCGGGGCCGCGGGGAUGAUGGCGACGCGGGUCGAGGCCGGGCCCGCCUUCGCCGCCGGGCUGGGGUCCGCCCCGCGCAGAGAGAGGGCCCGGGCCUGCAGGCGGGGAAGGAAGCACAAGAUGGGCGGGAAGGAGCCCGAAGGGGUCCCCCUCCCCAAGAAGCGGAUGACGGAGGAGGAGGCGGGCCCAUUCUUGAUUGGCGGCCCGAGCCCCCUUCCCGCCCUGCCCCCCGCGGACCCGCCCACUUCCUGUGAGUCCGUCGAGAUGGAGGAAAUGGCGACCGUGAGGCGGCUCAGGGAGAUCGAGGAGCGAAUCAUUGAUGAUGAAGACGAUGAAGACGACAACAGCAAUGCGAGGCAGGAUGGCGUGGGUGGCGGCCAUGUUGGCCUGCCCAGGCUGGUGAUGUCGGAGGCCCUGAAGGACGGGCUCAGGCAGCGGACGGACUUCGGCCACGAGGGAGGCGGCCUCACCAAAAGGAUCCUCGAGUCCAUGAGCCGCCCGUCAAUGGAGCUGGUCCUGUGGAAGCCCCUCCCCUCUGCCAUCUUGAAGAAGGCCUCCUCCUCCGCCUCCUCGUCGCUUCCUCUUCUCUUCGGGAACGCCGACCCUGCAGCGGAGGAAGAGAUGGAGCUCUGAAGGAAGUGGGAGGCAAGAAAGGACACUUCCUGUUUGUAUAUAUAUGAUAAAACACACAUGUACAUAUGUAUUUGUAUAUAAGUGUAUAUAAAAUAGAUACUAUAUAUAAUUAAAAAAUUGGAUUUCA